CUGUACAAUAUGUUAUUCACGAUGACAGGUCGGGCGCGUCAAGGGUCAGAAUGGAACGUAAAUGGAGAUACAGUUAUCGUCUUCUUAUCGCGCGCACAGGAUUAUGGUAUAUAGGUGUAAUGUAGGGGAAGAAUGUUCAAUUCGAAUAAACAGAAUAUGGUGCAUGUUAUGAAACUUUAACUUCAGAUGAAAUCCCAUGAAAUGUUCUCGUAAAUAUUGUUAGUGUGAAACACGCGUGUAUUGCCCAAGGUAGACAAUCCACAAUCAAAUCUUGUCCAAGAGAAAUAUGUGUUGCAGAUAGUUAAACGUUCAUGACAUUAGUAAAAGACAACGAAUAAGGGAAAUGGAUUAUUAAUGUAGUUAUGAUUUACAUCUUGAAAGUUUAGCUGUUGAACAAAAAAUCAAUCAAAAUGGUGGAUGGUGAUUUAAAUAUUGGAGUAAUUAUUGGCAUUGUGAUAGCACUUCUUGUGGUUGUAUUAGCUGUCAUUCUUGUGAUUAUUUAUUGUUUUGUGAAAGUGCGGCGUGACGAAAAGGGGGGUGUUAAUGUUCACAAUGUAGAAGCGCCGCCGAGUAGAGCCGAUUCCUCCUGGUCAACAAAAGCUUCUUCAAAUUAUUCUGCUUCAAACACAUCUCAGGCACAACAACAUCAUGAUAGAGAUAGCAGCCAAGAAAUUAGCAGUAUCAGCAGCAACGACUCCGUGUUCGGUUACAAUAAUGUUACCUAUAAUCCUAACGGCGGCGAUGCAAAGGAUCGAGGUAAAAAGGUCGCGUAUCAUAAAAAGCAUGUGUAUUUUAACGAAGGGUUUGAAAGUACGACUGCCGACAGCAGUACUGAACGAAUUAAAUAUAAGAAAAAUGAACCGCGAAAUGGUUCAUUAUCGCGGGAAUCGAGAACCGGAAGUAAACGGAGAUCUCGUGAAAGAAACAGUGUGUCUGAUAAGCCAGAUAAAUCGGACAAUGUUGAUGCUACUAAAUCGCGUGGUAGUGGCGAUAGGUCAUCACGACCACAGGACAAACAGUCAUCUAAUGGAUCAUUGCCGCGAUCAUCAUCUGGUGGACAUCGAUCUAGUGGGAGAUCACGGUCGAGGUCUUCCGGUAGGCGAUCGCAAUCUGGUGGUCGUCCGGGAUCGCAUGGUCGACGAUCACAUUAUGCGCGAUCUGCUUCCUCAGACGGCAGCAGUCGCAAUCCAAAAAGUUCUCUUCCAGACGACCAACGACCAAGUAUUUCUUCCAUGUAUAAAAAUAAAGCUUUUCGGGACGAUGAUGAUCGCUCUCCGUCACCAGACCUAGAACGAGCUGUUUCUUCACACCCAGAAAGUCAGGUUUAGUUGAAGCAAAAUGCAUUGCAAUGUCUUUAUGUCUAUAUGUCCACUUCGCUGUAUUUUACCAUCAUCAGUCAGACAAUCAACAAAACGUUAAUAAGGGUUGUGAACGGAAUUUUGAGAUGCCCAUUACAUCUGUCAGUGAAUAAGUCGCAACACUUCAUGGUAAAACAGAACAUUUUGACGUGAUGCUCAAAGUAAGGUCUGGAGGAUGAUGAAGUGAUGAUACAUCUUGCGCAAGUCUGAUAAAAAUUGUGCCUUUUAAUCAAUUUAACAGUAUCUGUGUACUACGAAAUUUUGACGGACUGGAUAUGUUUCUUCAAGCUCUAAGAGGUCAAUUCCACGACGGCUGCUGCUGAAGUAGAUGGCGGUUCAAUGUGAUUUAAAUGUGAUAGAUUAUCCAUGUCAAAGAGCUAUAACUUAAGCCGAUGAGAAGUAGCGGACAUUAGGUUUCCACGCGGCAUUACGUGUGCGUUUAUUCUGUAUUAUAAUUUCUACAAGUCGUUGGGUGUGCUUUUAGGAUGCAUCGAAAGUGUGUGCCACAAGGGAUUAGAAGACAUUUUUCAUGUAACUGAAAUUUAAAUUGAUAAGAAAGCACUUGUUAUUGAUAGUACUGCUGUUAUCAAAGUUUAAUCAUAGAUCAUAUAUUGAUAAUCGUAUAUAUUCAUAUGUACCACGGAUAUAAAACAAAUUGACUGCCGGUCAUAGAAUAAUCAAUCUGCUAUUAUUAUAAAUUAUAAUCAUAAUCAAGAAUACGGCAAUACAUUUUGAAAACCUUUUUAAAAAGUUUAAUGUUAAUUUAAGCAAAAUAAUUCAUCAGCAUUUUUCUUGCCAGGGAUGUUCACAGAAUUUAAUAGGAUCAUAGUUCUUAACUUAACUCCGUGUAAGUUAGCAAGUGUUAAAUGGCAGCAUACUAGUUAAUAGGUCGUGUCAGGACAUAUAGCCGGUGACAAGACAGUGCUUCUUCUGUGAAGUUUGGUUUACUGUUGAUUGAAAUUUUACGACCGGGCACAAAGGAUUACGAAAUAUUUGUGUAUGGGCCUUUAAGAAAUUAUUAAUAGUUUCUUGUCAUCUUAAUUAUAUGAGUACAUAUUAGGCCUAUAUAUGUUUGUAGAAUAAUUAUGACCAGUUUAAAACAAGAAAUUUAUGCUGACAUCUGGCAUGUGUAGGAUUUUUAAAUGGCGGAUCACAUUUUUAAAGUUAUUUAAAUUGACAUUAUAGGGAGAUUUUGGAGUUCAGUACCCCCAAAACAGCAUUAAUUUGAUUGAUUAAGUUGGAUAUUGACCGUGUCCCGUUUAUAAAAAUAUUGACGACCAAACGUGGUAGGGGUAAUAAAAAGAGGUGACGUAAAUGUGCAUAGAAACUAAUGCGACCCACCGUAUCGUGUAAAUGACAAUUGAUUAGAUUGUGACAACGGUAGCAGUAGAUCACAUUAAUUUCUUUCUCGUAUACAUUUCUUGUUUUUUUACUACCGUAUAUACUUUGCACUUAAUGUGGUAUAUAUUUUCUUGUAAUAAUUUAUUUCGCUUUCUAUAUUUAUAGUAUAACAUUCAGAUAUACUAGUAUAUAUUUGUAUUUGACCAUCUAUGCUCAAAAAUUGUUAUUGUUAAUUUAGCUUUAGUUAAAAUUAUUUUAUUAUUUUAAAAAACGAGAAGUAACAUUUUUUUAAUAUAUAAUUUAUUUCUUGACUAAAGGGGCAUACUUAAUUAAUGUUGAUAGACUGAUAAAGCUAAACCUUGUGCAGUUUUCAUCAGCUUUAUAUAAAUCGAACAAACUGGGAUAAGACUUUUGUCGAAGAAAUUUGUAAAACAUCAUGGAACCAUGUCAUGGUACAAUGACGUACAUGUAUGUAUCAUUUGCAUAUUUCUUUCCCAAAAGUCUACCCAUUACUUAUACUAUGUCUUUAUAGUGACUGGUUUGCAUCAUAUUCUUCAAGUAAUGGUCACGAUUAUAAUGGGCUCAUUAACCAUUGCUGGAAUUAGAUUACAGUUAUGGCCUUGAAUAUCAUUCAAACAAGCAUCGAUUAAGUUUUUACGGAAAUUUAUAGUUUUUUCAAUCAGAGAAAUUCCGAAUUAUUAUCUUGAGGCGACUGUAUUAAGCUGUAACAAAAUUCGCAAGUCUGUGUUGGUGCUGGGUCCUGAAAAGGGUUACUAAUCAAAACAUCACUUAACCAUAGGCUAUUAAUUGUAGCAAUUGUUCUGUUUUAAACAUAUUUUAUUGAACCAGAACAUAAAUGCAGUACAAAAGGAUUGGGACAAAAGCUACGAAAUCUUACAGAUGCCCCUAUCCACAAUUGUUAAUGAGUCGAUAAAGAAUCGUUGAAGAAACAAGCAAUUGUUAAGAAAACAGCCAUGUUGUCAUACUUUGGUGCUGCCAUUUUGUAAGAUCACAUGAUAUUUUAGCCAGCGCUGAUUGGUGAAGCAUAACGAAUAACCCCCAAAAUACCCCACUUCAUUGCUUGCUGUGCGAAUUCAAAACGACGAGCAAUGCUUUGUCGCCGAAUAUCAAACUACUUUGAUAUUCAGCAACCGGUCGACGGCGACAAAAAUCAAAAUCUGCUGCCAUCACAAUGAUCUGCACGCGGGCAUUUUUUUCUAGCAAUAUGGGUGUAACUAAAAAUCGCGUAAACAUUUCCCAAGAAAGUCGCCCGUGUGCAACAUAUGUAGUUGGCGGCACCUACGACAAUGCGGAUGACUUUGGGUCGUGAAGUUGCUUACAAAGAGUCAAGCAUGGAGGUGUACAUAUUUUACGCCUCGUAUAGUAUAAUCAAUCAUCAAGUGGAUAGAGACAUGAACUGACGCUCAAAUUUCACACCUAAAUCAUUUUUUGUUCUCUCUCAGGAAAUGUUUUUUUUUUAAAAUUAAUUUUAUCUAUCUCAAAUAUCAUUAAUAUGCAUAAUGUCUGGUUUUCCUUUUCAUUAAUUGUUGUUAUUUAAUGAGGCAGUGGUAUUAAUUUAACACUGUAUUACUGUAGAUGCUUUGCUUUUGAACUAGACUGUUUGAUAGGUAGUUAGGCCGACCUUUAUGUAAUUGUGAAAAUCCUUUUCCGACAAAAACC